AUGGCUGGAACUAGCCAUGAGGGCCCCGAGUCUGAUCGGAAGCUCCCAAAAAACCCACCCUUGCCAGAUGACGGAGCCGAUAGCGAUGAGGAUGAGUUUCACGAUGCGCGAUUCCCCGCCGAGGAGGAAGCUCGACUGUUGAAAGAAUCCCAAACCAUCAAACAAGAAGCGAACCAGCUUUUUAGCUCCGCAUGCUACGACCAGGCCAUCUCUUCCUACGACCGCGCGCUUUCGUCCUGCCCAAACUAUCUCGACUAUGACGUUGCUGUCCUCCGGAGUAAUAUUGCUGCUUGCUACUUGAAACUAGAGGAUUGGAAGGCUGCAAUCGACGCUGCGACGGCAUCUCUUGAUCGAUUGGAGAAGAUUAUUCCUACGACUGGCUCGGAUAAAAACCAAAGCGAUGGGGAUCAAUCGAAUGCGACGAAUACCACCACACAGGAGAGCGGAGCGGUUGUCGAAUUAUCUGCGGCAGAUGCAGAGGCAGAGGAGAAACAGCUGGCACACUUGAAGGAGUUGGACACGCAGCGUACAAAUGUACUACGCAUCCGCGCCAAAUCUCUUAUGCGACGUGCCAAGGCGAAAUCCAAUCUUGGCGGUUGGGCCAAUCUACAGGGCGCUAUUGAGGACUACCAAGUUCUGAAUUCAAUGGAAACCCUCCCACCAGACGAGAAGCGCAUUGUGCAGAGGGCGCUUCGUGAGCUUCCUGCCCGAGUCAACGAGGCGAAGGACAAGGAAAUUGGGGAGAUGAUGUCCAAGAUGAAGGAUCUGGGUAACGGAAUCCUGAAGCCCUUUGGCUUGUCAACGGAUAACUUCAACUUUGUCCAGGAUCCUAAGACUGGCGGCUACUCUAUGAACUUUCAAUCAUGA